AUGGCUGCAAAAUCUUACUGUACUUACUAUGAAACUGCUUUCCUGACCUAUGAUGAUGUGCAUGUGAACUUCACUGAGGAAGAGUGGGCAUUGCUGAAUCCUUCUCAGAAGAGUCUCUACCAAGGUGUAAUGCUGGAGACCUGUAGGAAUCUCAGUGCUAUAGGCUACAUUUGGGAAGACCAUACUACUGAAAAAUAUUGUAAAAGUUCAGGAAGACAUGGAAGGUAUGAAAGAAGUUUUACUGGAAAGCAAACCUUUGAUUUUAUUCAGUACUGUAAUGGCUUUGCAGUUCAGAGUCAUACCCAAAGGUAUAAUGGAGAGAAGCCCUAUGAAUGUAACCAUUGUGAUAAAGCUUUUGCACGAAGGAGUAGUCUCAAAGCACAUAAAAGAACACAUAAUGGAGAAAAACCUGAAUGUAUCCAAUGUUGUAAAGACAUUGUAAGAAGCAGUGCUCUCCAAAAUCAUAAAGGAACACACACAGGAGAGAAACUCUGUGAAUGUAGUCAAUGUGGUAAAGCCUUUGCACCAAGGAGUAGUCUCAAAAGACAUAAAAGAUCAUGUAAUGGAAAAAAAUGUUAUAACUGUAACCAAUGUUGUAAAGCCUUUGUACAAAACCAUAAUCUCCAAAAAUAUAAAAGGACCCAUAAAGUACAGAAACCCUAUGAAUGUAACCAAUGUGGGAAAGCCUUUGCACACAGCAGUACUCUCCAAACACAUAAAAGAACACACACAGGAGAGAAACCCUAUGAAUGUAACCAAUGUGGCAAAGCCUUUGCAGAAAGCAGUAAUCUCCAAACACAUAAAAGAACACACACAGGAGAGAAACCCUAUGAAUGUAAUCAAUGUUGUAAAGCCUUUACACAAAAAAGUCAUCUCCAUAGGCAUAUAAGAACACAUACAGGCGAGAAGCCCUAUGAAUGUCACCAAUGUGGGAAAGCCUUUGCACAGAGCAGUCAUCUCCAAAGACAUAUAAGAACUCAUACAGGAGAGAAACCCUAUGAAUGUAACCAAUGUGGCAAAGCCUUUGCAGACAGUGGUACUCUCCAACAACAUAAAAGAACACACACAGGAGAGAAACCCUACGAAUGUAAUCAAUGUUGUAAAGCCUUUACACAAAACAGUCAUCUCCAUCGUCAUGUAAGAACAUAUACAGGCGAGAAGACCUAUGACUGUCACCAAUGUUGUAAAGCCUUUACACGAAAUAGUCAUCUCCAACGUCAUAUAAGAACACAUACAGGCGAGAAACCCUAUGAAUGUAACCAAUGUAGCAAAGCCUUUGCAGACAGCAGUACUCUCCAAAGUCAUAUAAGAACACACACAGAAGAGAAGCCCUAUGAGUGUAACCAAUGUGGCAAAGCCUUUGCACAAAGGAGUCAUCUCAAAAGACAUAAUGAAACAUAUAAUUGAAAAAACCUUAUGAAUUAACCAAUGUUGUAAACCCUUUGUAAAAAGUGGUGAUCACCAAAAAGAUAAAAGAAUGCAUACAGGAGAAAACCCUAUGAAUGUAACCAAUGUGGGAAAGCCUAAAAAAAAGUAGUAAUCUCUAAGAACAAAAAUGAAGACGUACUGGAGAGAAAACCUGUGAAUGUAACAAAUAUGCUACAGCCUUUGCACAAAAGAGUCAUCUACAAAGACAAUAGAAACCAUGCAGGAGAGAAAACCUUUAACUGUAACCAGUGUGCCAGAACUUUUUCACAAAGCAGUGGUCUCUAAAAUCUUAAAAGUACACAUGCAGGAGAGAAACUUUUUUGAACGCAACCAGUGUGGUUUUAUAACAUAAACAAUCAUAGCAGAGAAACCCAAUAAAUGUCUUAAAUGUUCUUAAGCCUUAUAUAUCACAAGCUUCUGCAACUGCAUAACUGAAUAGUUACUAGAGAAAAAUGCUUGGACUGUAACUACUGUGGUAAAACCUUUCACAAAAUAGUCAUCUCCUAGCCCAUAAAAUAAUACACACUGCAUAGGAUUCCUAUGAAUGUAAGAAAUGUGGCAAACCUUUUGCAAAUGGUAGUACUUUGCAAGUAAAUAAAAGAAGACACAUUCAAUAGACACCCUAUGAAUAUAAUCCGUGUGAUUAUGCCUCUGUAUUUGAACUAGCAAUCAUCUUCCAAAUACAUAAAAGAAGACAAACAGGAGGGACACCCUAAAAGUGUAAGCAAAGUGGUAACACCUUCGCAUAUCAGUCAUACUCAAACGCACAAAAUAAACCAUAAUUUAGAAAAAUCCUUUGAGUGUAUUUAAUAAAACCCUGUGAAUGCAUUUAGCCUGGUGAAACCUUCAUGUAUUUCAAUAGACUUCACCAACAUGAAACGAUCCGUACCAGAUAGUAACUAUGUGAAUAGGUUUAAUAUGGGGAGGUCUUUUCAAUUCUCAUAUAUCAUCAUGCUGUAAAGAUAUGAGUGUAAACAAUGUGGAAAAGCCUUUGUGCAAUAGGGUUCUCUCAAAUACAACACAACUCAAACACAGGUGAUGAAAAUGGCAGGGAUUUAUUGUAAUAAAGGUGCUCCUGGAUCAUGAACAGAAGAUGAACUCAAAGCCUAAACUGUGACAAGUAAGAGUAAUCACUGUGACGCAGAAUGUCAUAGAGCUGCCAUCCCACAAUCAAAAUCUCUGACCAGAAUGGUCCCUGUGUAAAAGAACUGGAAGAACAAAAAUGGAGAAGAGCCUGAGCAAAAGGAGGUCCAAAUUGAGUUCCAGCUCAGUGGGAGGCACCAAGAUCUGACACUAUGAUUCAGGCUAUGGUAUGCUUACACACAGGGACCUAUCAUGACUGCCUUCUGAAAGACCCUAGAAGCAGCUGAAAGUCAGAUGGAGAUAUUUACACCCAACCAAUGGGCAGAAACUGGGGACCCCUGUGGUUCAAUUAGGAAAAGCCUGGAAGAACCUGAAGAGUGAUCCUAUAUGAAUACCAGCAGUGUCAAUUAACCUGGGCCCCUGGGAUGUCUCAGACACUGAGCAACCAGCCAGGCAGCAUAUACAUGAUCAUAGGAACCCCCAACACAUACAAUAGAGGACAUUUAGGUCUGGACCCAUUCGGAGAAGAUACACAUAUCUUCAGGAGACUUAGGGCACCACAAUGUGGGAUGGUGGGGUAGGGACAACUUCUUGGUUGUUAUAGGGAGGAGGUGUGGGAUGUGGAACAGUCAGGGUAGAC